AACAUGUGGCCUUGACUGUUUACAAAAACGAAUAAACCGAACUAUUACUUCCUUAUCACGCUUUACGACAUCAUUUACAAAUUAAAAAUAGUUUCUAUCAGAAACAUAUUUGCUGAGCAAAAGACAUGUCUGGAAUUCCGCCGGAUUCUUGGCAACCCCCCACAGUAUCGCUGGACACAACGAUGGGAACUAUCGUGUUAGAACUGUACUGGAAUCAUGCGCCAAAAACAUGCAAGAAUUUUGCAGAGUUGGGCAGAAGAGGAUACUACAACAACACCAAGUUCCACCGCAUCAUCAAAGACUUCAUGGUUCAAGGAGGUGAUCCAACAGGGACAGGUCGUGGUGGUGCAUCUAUAUAUGGCAAGCAGUUUGAAGACGAAUUGCAUCCAGAGUUAAAAUUUACAGGUGCUGGAAUUCUCGCAAUGGCCAAUGCAGGACCAGAUACAAAUGGAAGCCAGUAUUUCCUCUCGCUGGCUCCCACACAGUGGCUGGAUGGGAAACACACUAUAUUUGGACGGGUCUGCCAGGGCAUUGGAAUUCUUAAUCGUAUUGGCAUGGUUGAAACCAACAGUCAGGACCGCCCUAUGGAUGACAUUAAAAUUCUCAGAGUGAAUCUACCUAACUAAGACGUAUGCUUGCAUAACCUUUAUGCCUUAUUUUUGUACAGUCCUUUUAUUACAUUAAACUUUCAGAGUUUUCAUAAAAUAUACUCUGUGCUCUCUUGAUUCUCCUGUAAAAACCCUUGGCCACAUGGUGGCGUCUCAUCAGUACAAGUUUGGGUUCAUUAAAGAAAUAAGA